AUGUAUUGUCUGCAGUUUAUACUACCUAUCUUCUUCCUCCCUAGUCCAAGCAAUCCCGCUGCCCAUGCCCACCAUACUGUUUACCUAUUCCUUGUGUUUCUUAUUUUUUUAAUGGAGCGUAAGCCAUGUGGUAUCUGUACUUUAUACAUCAUCCGCUUUAGUCUUCCUUCCCCAAAUCCACUUUCACAUAAAGUAAGGUCGUGCAUCUUCAUGCGUGUACCAAAAUUAACGGGAUUGUUUCUGUGUAGAACCGUUCGGUCAAUUAGUUUAUGUCAAGUCGUAGCAAACCGUGAUUCCUUUAUUUGGGUAUGCGAUCUAUGA